AUGUCCUUCUUCCGCGCCAACUCGCUCCUGUCGUCCCUCUCGCGCCUGAGCAUCGCUCCCUCGCCCUCGUCCUCAUCGCCCCUCGCCAGCACCAGCACCAGCACCGGCGUGUUCCACCCCGCCCACACCCUCCAGGUCCGCCACAAGUCGCUCGUCCCCCGCCGCACAAAGUACCGCAAGGCCCACAAGGGCCGCGUCCCGCUCGCCCUCGGCGGCAGCACCAAAGGCUCGACCCUCGAGUGGGGCGACUACGGCUUGCGCGUCAACGAGGCCGUGCGCCUCAGCGCCAAGCACCUCGAGGUCGCAGAGGCCGCACUCAAGCGCGGCCUCAAGCCCGUCAGGGGCAGCAAAGUGUACCUGCGCGUGUUCCCCGACAUCCCCGUCUGCAUCAAGGGCAACGAGACGCGCAUGGGCAAGGGCAAGGGGACGUUCGAGUUCUGGGCGUGCCGGGCAAAGAUGGGGCGCGUCAUCCUCGAGAUUGGCGGGCCCAACUUGCGGCCAGAAAUCGCUCACGCCGUCAUGAAGCUCGCGGCGGCCAAGCUCCCCUGCACGACCGAGGUCGUCGACCGCUCGUCGCAGGCCCGGGUCGGGUACGCCGACGUCGACAAGGAGCCGCUCGCGCCCCGGGUCGUCACGCUCGGCGAGGUGCAACAGGCGCAGCAGGCGCGGGCGCAGCAGCGGCAGGCGGCAGCACCGGCGGACCUUCCGGCGGCGGCGGCGGCGACGGCGACGGCGGCGCCGUCUCCUCUGUAA